AUGAUUGUCCUUGCAGACAGGUCAUUUGGUGUUGGAGAAGUUGAAAUUGUCCAUCAGAGGUCUAACUGGUUAUGUGUAGAUCCUUCUGAUAUCCCCAGAAUGAUACUCAUUAUGUUUCCAGCAACUGUAAUGGUUUUAGGAGUGAUAAGUAAUAAAGGUCAUGUCAUGAAACCUUACAUCUUUGCACAGCUCAAAUUUAAAGACGACUUAUCGGAGAACUUCAUACGUCAGGCGAAGUUGCUUUUUUCUAGGAUAGAAAGUAUAAGCGAUGGGGUAUACAAUCAAGCCUUGAUCGACAUUGAGAAUACAGUUGCAUCACUCGGUGGAAAUGACUUGCCCUCAUACGGACUGCUUAAACCGCUGCGUUCAGAGUCAAAUUUACUUCCUACAGCUGUUUUGCGAGAGACGUCCUACGACACAGAUGCCCUUGCUAAUUUCGUCCUAGAAACUGAACCAAAGCUUCUUCCAGAUCAACGGCAUAUUUAUACUAUUGUGACUGAUCAUGUUCGUUACAGGAAAGGUGGUUUGUUUUUUCUUGAUACUCCAGGGAGUACAGGCAAAACCUUUCUGAUGAAGCUCAUCCUAGCAAUGGUCAGGAUGCAAAAGAGCAUUGUGGUUGCGGUCACAUCUUCAGGGAUUGCUGCAACUUUGCUGCCUGGUGGCGGAACUGCAUACUCCACCUUUAAGUUGCCCCUCAAUUUAACACCUACCUGCAAUAUAAGCAAGAAUUCUGACCAGGGCCAAUUGAUGAAAUGCUGUCAGCUUAUUGUGUGGGAUGAGUGUACUGUGGCCCAUAAGGGAGCCUUCGAUGUAUUAAACAGAACCCUUCAGGAUAUCAGGGGUUGCGAAGCCCCCAUGGGAGGUGUUACACUUUUGCUUUCAGGUAACUUUAGGCAAACUCUUCCUGUUAUCCCCAAAGGCAUGCGAGCAGAUGAAGUUCAAGCAUGCCUUAAGUCAUCUCUGCUCUGGCGUCAUGUCAGGUCACUGACCCUGACAAUCAACAUGAGAGCUCGAUUGCUCGGCGACCAAAUGUCGGCUAACUUCGCAAGUGACAUUCUGAAACUUGGCAAUGGUAAAGUGCCUCUUGACGCUGAUGGAGAACUGGACGUCCACCCAUUCGUAACUCCCAUUUCACCUUUGGCCGAACUCAGCGAUAAAGUGUUUCCCCGUUUAAAAGAUAAUUAUCUCAAUCAUGAAUGGCUGUCUGAAAGAUCAGUUCUGGUUCCGAAAAACGUGACCGUUACAAAACUCAAUGACCAACUUUUGCAGUCACUUCCCGGUGCUCCUUUCGCAUACAAAUCUGUAGAUACGAUGGUAGAGGCAAAUGAAUCAAUGAAUUUCCCAACAGAGUUCCUCAACUCUUUAGACCCUCUAGAUCUACCACCACAUCUGCUCUGCCUUAAAGUUGGAACUCCAGUUAUGUUUCUGCGCAACAGAACACAUCUGGUUGUAAAAUAA